UAUGGUAGGAAGCUUCAUGAUGGCGGAACAAGUCCAACAAUUUGAGUCUCUGAUUUCUCAGCUUCUGUCAAUUUCAAAUGAAAUACGAAGUCAAGCUGAGGCACAAUAUGAAGCUGUUGAUGAUGUCACGAAAAUUCACUUCCUAUUGCAAGUUCUCAAAGUGUCUCAAUCUCCAGAGAUACGUCAAAUGGCAGCAGUUUUGCUUAGAAGAAUCUUUGCCAACACUGUAGAUUUUAUUAAGAAGCUGGGCGACGAGGCUUUAGUGACAGUCAAAGCUGAUCUUCUCAGGGGAAUACAAGAAGAACAGAAUGCAUCAGUCAGGCGCAAGAUUUGUGAUGCUGCAUCUGAACUCUCCAAGAGUUUGUUAGAUGAGGAAGGGUACAAUCACUGGCAGGACCUGUUGAAAUUCCUCUUUGAAUGUUGUAACUCACAAAAAGCAGAACUCAAGGAGUCAGCUCUACAUAUCUUUUGCUCAUUUCCUGGUGUAUUUGGCAACCAGCAGGAUCAUUAUUUGAAUGUUAUAAAACAGAUGCUUUAUCAGUGUCUAAAUGAUCAGACAAGCAGUGAGGUUCGGUUCAUGGCUGCAAGAGCUUUGUGUGCCUUCAUCACUGAUCAAGUUGCUGAAGUCAAACAACGACAGUUUGCCGAGCUUGUUCCUGGCAUUAUACAAGUUGUACGAGAAAGUGCACAGUCAGAUGGCGAUGACACUGUCCUAAAGUCUGGUCUUAUAGACUUGGCUGAGAACUGUCCCAAGAUGCUACGGCCUAGUUUAGAGCCAUUGAUUCACCUACUUAUUGAGAUUAUUAGUAAUGCCAACAUGGGUGAAAACUGGAAACACUUAUCAGUGGAAUGCAUUGUUACAUUGGCUGAAAGUGCUCCAGCCAUGGUUAGAAAAGUCCAAAAGUUUAUACCUCUUAUAAUUCCCCAAUUGUUGGCUAUGAUGGUAGAUCUUGACGAUAGUCCUGACUGGAGCAAAAGUGAUGAAAUAGAGGAUGAGGACUAUGAAAGCAAUCCAGUCAUUGGGGAAAGUUCUCUGGACAGAUUGGCUUGUAGUUUGGGCGGCAAAACUAUUCUACCUCAUAUAACAGCGACAAUCCCACAAAUGCUUAGUAAUCCUGACUGGAGAUACCGUCAUGCUGGUUUAAUGGCUAUAUCAGCAGUAGGUGAAGGCUGUCAAAAACAAAUGGAAAUCCUGUUAGCAGACGUCACAAAUGUAGUCCUACCAUUUUUAAAUGAUCAACACCCUAGGGUUAGAUAUGCUUGUUGUAAUGCCAUUGGACAAAUGUCGACUGACUUUGCAAAUGGAUUCCAGAAGAAAUUCCACAUGAAGGUCAUACCAGGUCUGUUACACGUGAUGGAUGAUUUCAGUAAUCCUCGUGUCCAGGCCCAUGCAGGGGCUGCUUUGGUCAACUUCUGUGAAGAGUGCCCUAAACAGAUCUUGUUGCCAUAUUUGGACGGUAUACUCACCAAGCUUGAACUUGUGCUUUCGUCUAAACUUCGAGAGCUUUUAGAGCGAGGAACCAAGCUAGUUAUGGAACAAGUUGUGACAACCAUAGCAACUGUUGCCAACACUGUUGAGGAGAAGUUUGCUCCAUAUUAUGACCGUUUUAUGCCAAGUCUCAAGUAUAUUGUACAAAAUGCAAAUACCCAAGACUAUCGACUACUUCGCGGCAAAACCAUUGAGUGUAUUAGCUUUAUUGGUCUAGCUGUAGGCAAGGAAAAGUUCCUUCCCGAUGCUAGUGAAAUUAUGCAAAUCCUACUGAAAACCCAGACUGAUAUGGAUCAGCUGGAGGCAGAUGACCCGCAAGUAUCGUACAUGAUAUCAGCCUGGGCCAGGAUGUGUAAAAUCAUGGGAACCGAGUUUACACAAUACUUACCUCUUGUUAUGCCACCGCUAAUGAAGGUUGCCAGCAUCAAACCUGAAGUGGCUAUUAUUGAUUCUGAUGAUCCUAAAAGUAACCAGUAUAGUGAGGACGAAGGCUGGCAACUUAUUUCUCUUGGAGAUCAGCAAAAGUUUGGCAUCAACACGGUUGGUCUCGAGGAGAAGAGCACAGCGUGCCAAAUGUUAGUUCUCUACGCCAAAGAACUCAAGGACGGCUUUGCUCCUUAUACAGACGAAGUCGUGCAGUUGAUGGUUCCCCUUUUGAAAUUCUACUUCCACGAACUGGUGCGGUCAGCGGCUGCUGAGUCUUUGCCAUAUUUAUUGGAAUGUUCUAAAUUCAAGGGAGACGCCGCUGUACGGCAAAUGUGGGCCUAUAUCUGUACUGAUCUGUUAAAGGCCAUACGCUCGGAACCUGAUGCAGAUAUACAGAUUAUAUUUUUAGAGAACUUUGCUAAAUGUGUCGAAACUCUCGGCAAUGGCUGCCUAACGGAAAAUUUUUAUAACCUUCUGUCCGCUGUACUCCAUGAAAUACUGACGGCUCACAAGGAAAGACAGAUGGAAAGACAAAAUAAACGAAAAGAUGAAGAUUAUGACGAAGAAGUUGAGCAAGAUUUACAAGAUGAGAAUGAAACAGAUGUAGAAAUAUUAAGCAAGGUUGCAGAUGUUAUGCACGCUGUAUUAGGAACACAUAAAGAAACAUCGGUUCCCUUCUUUGAGCAACUUUUACCAGAUUUCAACGCCCUAAUCUCACCUGAACGAUCAGAAGCAGACAAGCAGUGGGGGUUGUGUGUUUUUGACGAUGUUAUUGAAUACUACGGACUGGGAUCGUUCAAGUAUCAAGAGUAUUUUCUAAGAGCAACGUUGAACUUUACGGUGGAUAAAAGUCCUGCAGUUCGACAGGCUGCCUGUUACGGUGUUGGUAUAAUGCCUAUCUCGUCCAAAGACUACGCACCAGCGUGUGCAGAGGCUCUGCCUUUACUCGUACGAGUUAUCAGCGACCCACAGGCAAGAUCACGAGAAAACAUCAACGCGACAGAAAACGCCAUUUCCGCGGUGACUAAAAUAUGCAAAUAUAACCAUGGUAACAUCAAUGUCGACGAGAUUAUUCCGACUUGGUUGUCAUGGCUACCUAUAAUCGAGGACAAAGAAGAAGCAACUCAUGUUUACGGCUAUUUGUGCGACUUAAUCGAGGGGAAUAACGUGUUGGUACUAGGAUCAGACUACAGCAAUCUCUCAAGAAUACUACAGAUUUUCGCAGACGUGUUUCUGUGUGAAGUAUUAAGCGAUGACGAAGAAACAAAACAAAGAGUUCUUAGAAUUAUAGCCCAGAUGCAGACGAUGGACAAGUUUAAUGCGUAUUUCUCGCAGCUGAAUGAGAUGCAGCAAGAUUCAAUACGACAAGCAAUAACUGGUCGACAAUAAAUCAACUAAUCGGAAAUGCUUCCUGGCACGCGGAUAAUCGAUAACUCUUCGUGAUCCUGCUCAUCCUGCAAAGCUAACAGUCGAUAGUGCAUCGUGCCAGACCGAACCUAAUGACAAAUCAAAAAUACUCAUGUCUGACCUGCUAAACUACGACUAUUGCAGACUUGGCUGAAAAUGUCAAAAGAAAAUGGUCGGGGCACAAAGAGAAAUAUUAAUACUUUGGGCACCAUGGAUUUUAUAAAUUGGCAAACAAAAAACUGAUCGAUGGCAGUAUGUGCAUUAAAAGCGCCAUCAACCAAAAGAAUCAAGAGCUGCCGUGUAGUAUGCGCACUACUUGACGCGCUAUCGGCGGCGACGAAAUACUCCUCGUGUGCGGGGGAAAAUAUUUUGAGUUUCGGACCUUCCACUUCAAAGUCUGUCCUGUACGUCACUUUUAAGACUUCUCUUUGAAUGACUUUUAAAAAAAGGGGAAAAAAUAUAUUUUAGGCUAAAGAUUAAUCUUUCAUUCCAAAGGAAAAUUCAGACGGUGUCAUUAGAGGAAAAUGCGUCGUUAUUACAAAAAAGACCAGUCCUCGCGUUUCGGACUCAACAUUUGAAGUAUUUUUUUGUCGUAAGAAUAAUUUUUAGCCAUAAUAAUUAAUAUUGAAGAGCUGUGAAUAUCAUAUGCGGUACUGUAUGAGCCGUGUUACCAGAUACGGUAUGGGCGUCACCAAUCUCGUUCUCUGAGCCUCCGUUUUCUCGGCCAAACGUCAACAGCGCUGGUUAAGAAAAGCGAAGGUGCGAGGUACGAGACUGGGGCGAACCCUUUGCUCUGUGCAAAUAUACAAGUUUCAUUACUGACAAUGAAUGAAGGCCGCGAAUGCAACUUUGACAGGAAAUUUACUGAGAACAUUCAUUUUGAAUUGUAUUUCCCUUGCCGUAUUCCUCCACGGGGAUUGAUCUAGUCUCAUUGGAGUGCGGUUAGAUUUAGUACGUAAAUAAAUAUAGAAAUUGCUU